AAUCACCGUCCUUAUUACACCAAAGUUUCCCUCUGCUAUUAGAUCUCUCUCUCUCUCUCUCUCUCUCUCUCUCUCUCUACUUGUUGAUUGUUGAAUAUCUCUCUCUUUCCAUUCCCAGAUCUUCCCACCUUUCCCCAUCUCUCUCUUUCUCUUUGAAUCUAAAUCUUCAACCAAAAAGUGGAUGGCAAGAGCAAACAAAUACACCUCUUUGAACUUCAACGAUAUCUACGAGAAGAAAAUCAUCAAUCCCAACAACAAUAACAAUUCCUCUUCUUCAAGAUCACCUUCUUCUUCUUCAUCCCUUUCUUCUUCUCAUAAAUCUUACUCUCUUUCUGCUUCUUCUCGUCUUACCCAUGGCGGAAUGCUUCUUCUUUCUCGCCCUUCUCCCCAACCUCAACCCACAUAUACCCAGAAACCACAGCCACAACCACAACCACCAGCACCAUCUCAGCAAUCUACUUUGAGUUCUGAAGCUUUUCCAGCUAUUACCUCUCCUACACCGUCCAAGCCAACGGAUUCAGAUUCUAUUUCUUUGCGUCCCAAGGGAAAAACUGGUGGAAACCCGAGCUUUCAGGAGAGGGAUAUUAAGUUGGAUGCUCCGAGUCCGAACCCAAGCCCGAGUCCCAAGAGUAGUAAGUUUGUUCCACCUCAUCUGAGACCCGGGUUUGUGGCGAAGGAGGUUCCAACUGUCCCUGAUUUUCAAAAACCUAGACAAGGGAAUUAUCGUCAUGGAUCGGUUCAUGGUAAUUAUCGUGGAUCGCCUAAUCGUUAUGCGGAGGAUGGGCGGCCCAACUCGGGUGGUGGGUAUGAGAGGAAAAUGAGAGGGGCUGCGCUUGGACCUGUGGCAGGAGCUUCUCCUGUUGGUGCUGAAUCUGAUUUCUUUUUAAUGAAUCGUCCGAGAUCCGGUGGGAGUCGCCCCAGCUCGAGUGGAUGAUGCAUGUUUGAAAAACUGGACUCGUUUCCAAGUGUGGAGCUGAAACUUCAACUGGUUCCAAGGAUAAGGAGCUUCAAUGGCUGAAACCCGAAUUCUGGUACAUCUAACACAUCUUUGAAAUCGCUAGUGCAUGGAAAUCUGAAGUUCAGGAGACAGCAUGUAUGGUUUUGACAUCACAUGUUAGCAGAACUGGGUUCCAAUUUAGAACACGCUGAAUGAUCCCCAAUGGCUUUUUUUUUGGGGGGGGGGGGGGGGGGGGGGGGAGUGUUUUGACUUUUGAUCUUUCUGCUGGACAGAGAGAUCCAUGAUUACAUCAACCUACUAAUCUGUAUAAUUCCAUGUUUUUGUGCUAUUAUUAAUUGGUAGAGAUUCUGAUGAACAAUGCUUGCCAACUUAUCUGAUAGUGUAAUGUAUCUCUUUGUACCAGAGUGAUUUUUAUACUGUGAAUUUUACUAUAUUUGUAACAUCUAACCUUUUGAAAACUUAUCUAAUGUGUAGAGAUGUCCUUUUUCCAACCAUUGGUGCAUCGUAAGGUAGGGGUGUUCAGGAUCGGGCAUUUCAAGUACCUGACAACCCGAUAAAUGCUUUAUAUUGUGCCGAUACAACGGGUACUCUGAUAAUGAUUAAUAUUAAUGACAUUAAAUGAUGUAUAUUGUGCAAUGUAAUUGAAUGCAUUAUGCAUCAUCAAUCAUUCCUUGCAUUGCAUUCUGUGACUAUCACUCUCUGUCUCUUCUAAUUAAAUGUGUUUUUUUUCCUUGCUUAUGUUUAUGUGUUCUUUCUGAUAAGAAUUUAAGAAAUGUGUCCGAGUAAC